AUGGAGUGCCCUUGUGUGUAUCCGCUCACCGUAGUCCUCCGGCUCACUGCCUUCAACUUGCUCACUUUCAACACCACCCUGCAAGCGCAGCUCGUCGCAUCUCUGGCUGACUCAUUCCAGCUUAGAGCGGGUCAGGUCCGGGUCUCACGAGUGGAGCAGGGGAGCGUUAUCGUCACAACAGUGUCCGUACCACUUCCCGGACAGGGCUCGGCUCUGUCAGCCGCUACAGUUUCGGAUAUUAGCGCCACCCUCGAGGCCUCGACCUUCAGCCUGCCGUCGAUCUUUGGGCCCCACCAAGUGACCACCGUCCAAGCGCCCCCACAAGUCGCGUACACAGGCUCAACCGGCGCAGGGUCAAACGGGAGCGUAGUGGACUGCAGCCAAAGUUCCAAUCUUGCAAGCAAAGACUGUGUAAAGCAAGCCGCGACUUCGGUCUUCAAAUAUACGUGGGCGAUCGCGAGUGGUGGAGGCGCUGCUGCCCUUUCAAUGAUCUCUGGACUGCUGACAGCAUACUCGUAUCUCACAAGUUAUAGGAAGCAUCGAAAGAAGUUUCCCUUAGCCGACGCUCUUCGAAAAGAGCUGGGUCUCUAUCUGUGGAAUUUCGAGUCGUCGAAAGGGCUCCCUUACACCAAGGAAGUCGAGAAGCUGUCCAAGGCCUUCGACGAGUCCCAAGGACCAAGAAGAGCCAAGGAGAUCGAGAGCCUGUGCCUACGGAAGCGCGACAAGGCAAUCCUAGCUGGAACGAUUGCUGACAAGCUCAGGGCCGAUUUCUCGGCCGAUUUUGCUGUGGGAGAUAGCCAGCCCUCCGUGUCAUCGUGGCUUGCAACAGUAGCGGAAGUACUCGGCUUGACGGACCAGAAGCUGCUUGAAUUCGUCUUGCACAAGCUCUUAGAGGAGGACUACCGGCGCAAGCUGGUCUCUCACGUGGAGCAGACUCUACCGGCCGGUCUGAUUCGCAGUCCCGAAGGUGGCUCGCCUUUCGAGGAUGCAGUCCCCACGCAAACGUCAGCGCAAGACAGUGCACAAACCUUGCCUUCUGCGCCGGAAGUGCCAGGCAGUGUGGAUUGGCGCGACCAGAACCCAGCGUUCAGGAUGUCGGAACCCUUAGACGAUCGACCCGGUGGUGGCCCCCGCAUGGAAGCAGGGCUAAGCGAAGAUGGGGGAGACAGAAACAGGCCCCUUCGAAGGAGGAGCACUGCAAGCGACGGCCGGAUAGAGAACACUUGCUGCAUCUGCUUCUCUGAGGUUGCCAACAUGAGCUUCCAGUGUGGGCAUAUGGUAAGGAUGUUCAAACGAACAGUUGCAAUCUAA